GUCAUCAUCUGUCAUCAUGUGUCAUCAUGUGUCAUAAUGCUGUUGUCUGACGUUAGAAAAGCUUAGAAAUGCGUUUGAGAAUUAUUUUUACAAGUAGCUCAUUCAACUCAGAGAAACAAGUCACUCAAGACAAUGAAAAAGUUUUUAGGAAAGCUUCGAAACUUGUUUGGUAAACAAACAAACAAAGUAACACCCCUGGAGACAUCUGAACAGAAACCCAAAGCUUCAAACAAAGACGUGUCUCUGGAUUUUGCUGUGAGUGAUAGGUCAAGGCACAGCCUAAGACCUGUCAGAGUGGCGUGGGACGACGUGCAAGCAGGAUCAUCAACCGGCGCUCAAUCACACGCUGGUCUGUCAAAGGAUUUACCAGUGGCAGCAACUGAUCAAAGCUCUGAGGAAGCAGCUGAAAGCGAGAACGGCUCUCUCAAGAUGAGUACAUGGGAUUUAGAAAGUAAAGAAAGUUUAAUCACAGUCGAUUUAGAAUGGAGUUUGAGUUCAACAUUUUCUGAUAGUGAAGAAUCAGAAUGUUCAGAUUAUAUUUCAAAAAUCAUGAGGGAAACAAAAGAAAUGACAAAAUCUCAUGGGUAUAAUACAAAUAGAGAGGAGAUUUUAGCAAUGAUAGAAAACAUUUUUGCCAGAGAUUUUACACCUGAGGACCAGUGGUCCAUCGAAGAGGAACGCAUACCAUUACCUUGGGGUAGUGUUAAUUUUAGAGUUGUAUUUGAAAUGUGGGAAGUUUAUCAUUCCAUAUUUAUUUCAGAUAUAGUCUUUUACUUUGAUGGAAUCAGAUGCAUGUUUCGAAAUGAACUCAUGUCUAUAAACUCUGAUAUACAACACGUGCCAUUGUCAAGGUUGAAGAAAAAGCUAAAAGAAUUUAGAUGGUCCCAGCUUAACAAGGAACGGAUAAGAAGGUUGAUUGAAGAAAAUUAUGGUAAGAUAAAAAGCUACUUACCACGGUUUACGAACUUUCAAUUCAAGGAUUUAUAUUUAGAAAUUUUUAAAAUGUUCAUUUCUUCAAUACAUGAAGAUUUGAUGAAAGAUGUAUGUGGAUUUGAUCCCCAGUCUCCAGAUGAAAUUGAUGCUGCAUUUGAAUUUCUAAGUGAAAGUGAAUUGGGAUCUUCUGGAGAGAUUCAGUCUGAAACUAUUUCACAGACUGAACGGUUCCUUGGGGAAACAGUGGAAUCCAUUUUGAAAGACGCCUUUUUAGAAAUAUUUCACUCUCAAAUUAAUAGUAUUACCUCUGCCAUCACCGAUGCUAUAAAUGAGGUUCUCUGUAGUGAAAGUAUUGGGUUACACGAGACAAAGAAACAAAGUUACGAUAAAACCACUGAAACAGCUUUAAUCAAAGCUUUUCAGAAAAUCAAAAAAGGAUCCUCAAGACCGGUAACUAUAAGAAGAGUUGCCCACUGCAUACGUAAAUUUCACUCAUCCUUAAGUACUGGUGUUUCUUUCUGGAUAACAUUUGCUGCUUGCAAAUUACAAACCAUUUCAAAACAAGAAACUUUAAGACAAGUGUACAAGGAAGCUCUAUUAAAAAUUAUCCACUACCACCCAGGAAUGAGCCGUAAACGGAUCCUAAAACGGAUCCAACGCUGCCUUUACCCUGAAAUAGAAUCAGAACAGACAGAGAAGAGAGCAAGGAAAAAAAUCAUUCAAAAUAAAUCUUGGUUUAAAAGUAAAAAGUCAUCCGAAAAAAAUAAAAAAAUAAGAACAAAUUUGCAACUAAGACAGUCCGUCCAGAAAGUAAUAACACUGGUGGUUCAGAAAUUACUGAAGGACUCAGACUGUGUGGAGAGGAUUUAUAGAAGAAUUCUGGAAGCAAACGCAGACGAGAACAUGCUGAACGAUUUAAACAUUCACUAUAAACGUGUUUUCAAGGAACUCUGUGAAGAAUGGACAAGGUCAGAGAGUAUGCCUUCAAUGACAGAUGUAGGAAGUGAUCAGCUUAAUGAAGGGAUUGCUGCACAUUUCAUUAAGUACAUAAAAAAGUCCCAGAAGAAGCCUCGUUCCAUGAAAUCGUUUUCUAAAAAGACAGAAAACCACCUUCACACACAACCUAAAAGAAAGUGGUGGAGAGUGGUGAAGAAUUUCUUCAAAAGAAAAUUUGGUUCUUCAGCAGAAAACAGCAAAGAAUCUGGACAGAUCAGGACAGAAGAGAAUGUUAGAGAGUGCGUUCAGAAAGUGAUAGUGCUGUUAUUUCAGAAAAUUCUGAAGGACUCAAACAAUGUGAAGAUUAUUUGCAGAAGGAUUCUAAAUGCAAAUGCAGAUGAAAUUGUGCUGAUAAACUUGGACACAAUUCAUAAAGACGUUUUUAAGAACCUCUGUGAGGAAUGGACAAGGUCAAAGAAUAUAUCUUCAAUGACAGCUAUAGGAAGGAAUCAGCUCAAUAAAAUGGUUCCAGCAAGUUUCUUUGAAUGCAUAGAAAAAUCACAAAAGAAGUCUUGUUUCAUUAAUCCACUCCCGCCAAGAUUUUGUGGAUUUUUAGUAGGUGCAUUGUGAAAAGAUAGCGCCAUUGGUAUGUUGGGUAGCUUUGUUGGCUGCCAGACCCUUCCCUAAGUGAGUUUUACCUGAGUGAUGUGGUUUCUCCACUUAUCCAAGCUCACUUAUGUUUUAAAGGUGAUAUAUUAUAUAGAUGGUAUGUAGGUUAUUUCUUAUUUAGGUGAUACGCUAUGUAGGUGACAUGUCAUUUAGGUGAUAUGGUAUGUAGGUUAUUUGUUACUUAGGUGAUACGUUAUAUAGGUGACAUGUUGUUCGGAUGAUAUGUCAUUUAGGUGACACGUUAUUUAGGUGACAUUAGGUGAUAUGAUAUGUAGGUUAUUUGUUACUUAGGUGAUACGUUAUGUGGGUGACAUGUUGUUUAGGUGAUAUAUCCUUUAGGUGACCCGUUAUGUAAGUAAUGCGUUACGUAGGUAUUUGUUAUUUAGACGAUAAUGAGGGUAAAACGGAAAACACAAGAGAAAACAGUCUGUGAUUACAGGAUCAGAUCAAUGUAGGUUUUGAGGUCUGUCCUUGAGGAAAAAAAGGAAGAAAAAAAAAAUCCAAAGUGGAAAAUUUUCCUCCAAAGAAAUAGUAGUCAAAUAAUUCCAAAGAUCCAAAACUCCUCCAAAACAAUUCCAACAACAAAAAAAGAACUCCGGCCUGCUAGAUCACAGAGAAAACAUGGAGAGAAAA